CCUUUCAAAUUAUUCCAUAUUGCAGCACGAACAGGGUAGGGGCUAUUGAUGCUGAUACAGAUACUCUCGCACUUCUAUCUUUCAAGUCCAUAGUCUCUGACUCCCAAAAUGUUCUUUCUGGGUGGAGCCUGAAUUCAUCUCACUGCACUUGGUUUGGUGUCACUUGUGCCAACAACGGAACUAGAGUUCUGUCACUUCGUCUUGCUGGUUAUGGGCUCUCUGGUAUGAUACACCCUCGACUCUCCAACCUCACUUCCCUCCAAUUACUAGAUCUUUCCAACAAUUCAUUUUAUGGCCAACUUCAACUGGAUUUUAGCCAUCUGUCACUCCUUCAGAAUAUUAACCUUGCAAGAAACUCCAUUAAUGGUAGAAUUCCAGUUGGUCUUUCUCAUUGUUAUAACCUUGAGGAGAUUUAUUUUGAGCACAACCAACUUAUUGGGAACCUUCCAUCUGAACUUGGAGAUCUGCCGAGACUCAGAAUUCUUGACGUUGCAGCGAAUAACCUUACAGGUGUAAUCGCUCCAACAUUUGGAAACCUCACCUCUCUUACUGUUCUCAGCCUAGCAAGAAACCAAUUCUUCGCCAAAAUCCCAAAUGAGCUGGGUCAUCUCCAUAAUCUUCAAAGACUUCAGCUCUCAGAGAAUCAGUUUGAGGGAAAGAUCCCUUAUUCCAUCUACAACAUCUCUUCUUUGAUCUACUUAUCUGUAGCAGAAAAUAUGCUUGUUGGAGAACUACCAACUGAUAUGGGCCUUGCACUUCCAAACCUGGCAGAAGUCUACUUAGCACAUAACCAGCUGGAAGGGCCAAUUCCCAGUUCUUUCUCUAAUGCUUCACAAAUUCAAGUCCUAGACUUUUCUUCAAACCACUUUCAAGGGCCAGUUCCUCUACUUGGUAACAUGAAUAAUCUUAGACUCCUACAUCUUGGCCUGAAUAAUCUCUCUUCCACCACCAAGCUUAAUCUUCAGGUAUUUAAUUCACUAGCAAACUCUACACAGUUGGAGUUUCUAUAUCUUAAUGAUAACCAGCUAGCUGGUGAACUUCCAACUUCAGUUGCGAAUCUUUCUACUCAUCUCCUUGAAUUUUGCAUUGGCAGCAAUUUUCUGACUGGUAGCAUUCCCAAAGGAUUUGAAAGAUUUCAAAAUCUCUGGGCCUUGGACAUACACCAAAAUCUUUUCACUGGUAUGAUACCAAAUUCCCUAGGAAAACUUCAGCAACUACAGAGAUUAUUGGUUGAUAAUAAUAUGUUAUCCGGAGAAAUUCCAGAUAUCUUUGGCAAUCUUACACGACUCUUUUUGCUGACAAUGGGGUACAACCAGUUCUCUGGUAGAAUCCCCACAAGUAUUGGAGAGUGCAAGAAUUUAAAGAGACUGGGUCUAAGACAGAACAGGGUCAAUGGUAGCAUACCCAAGGAAAUUUUCAGACUUCUUGAUAUAAUCGAGAUAUAUUUGGCGCAUAAUGAACUAAGUGGUUCUCUGCCCGCCCUAGUUGAAAGUUUGGAACACCUUGAGGUCCUGGAUGCUUCUAAUAACCAGCUGUCAGGAAAUAUUUCAACGACAAUUGGUUCUUGCUUAAGUCUGCGUAGUUUCAAUAUUGCCACAAACAAACUCUCAGGGGCCAUACCAGUGUCGAUGGGUAAAUUAAUAGCAUUAGAGAGCUUGGAUCUUUCUUCCAACAGUCUGACUGGACAAAUCCCCGAAGAGUUACAGGAUCUUUUGUAUUUGCAGAUCUUAAAUUUGUCUUUCAAUGACUUGGAAGGACCAGUUCCAAGAAAAGGUGUUUUCAUGAACCUUACCUGGCUUUCUCUUACAGGAAAUAAUAAGCUCUGUGGUAGUGACCCUGAGGCUGCAGGAAAGCUGAGAAUCCCCACAUGUAUCACAAAAGUGAAGUCAAAUAGGCAUUUGAUACUCAAGAUUGUGAUUCCAGUUGCCAGCUUUACUCUGUUAAUGUGUGCAGCCUGUAUCACAUGGAUGCUGAUCUCCCAAAACAAGAAAAAGAGGAGAGGAACAACUUUUCCAUCUCCUUGUUUCAAGGCGUUGCCGCCAAAGAUAUCAUACUCUGACAUCCAGCAUGCUACAAAUGAUUUCUCCCCAGAAAAUUUGGUAGGAAAGGGAGGCUUUGGAUCUGUAUAUAAAGGAGUUUUCAGAACUGGUGAAAAUGGGGUCAACACCAUAUUUGCAGUGAAGGUUAUUGACUUACAACAAGGUGAAGCAUCUGAGAAUUUCAAUGCAGAAUGUGAAGUGUUGAGGAACAUUCAGCAUCGAAACCUUGUGAAGGUUAUCACUUCAUGCUCAAGCAUUGACAAAAGGAGGGUUGAAUUCAAGGCCUUGGUUAUGGAGUUCAUGUCCAAUGGUAGCCUGGAGAAAUGGCUGUAUCCAGAAGAUACCAACUCUGGGUUAGCGUUGACUCUGAUCCAGAGAUUAAAUAUUGCAAUAGAUGUAGCUUCAGCCUUGAAUUAUCUGCACCAUGACUGUGAUCCACCUGUUGUCCAUUGUGAUUUGAAACCUGCAAAUGUACUUUUAGAUUAUAAUAUGGGAGCCCAUGUGGGAGAUUUUGGACUGGCAAGGUUCCUUUGGAAGAAUCCAUCAGAGGAUGAAAGCAGCACAAUUGGACUAAAGGGUUCGAUUGGUUACAUUGCUCCAGAGUGUAGUUUAGGUAGCAGAAUUUCAACAAGUAGGGACGUCUACAGCUUUGGAAUUUUGCUGCUUGAGAUAUUCACAGCAAAGAAACCCACUGAUGACAUGUUUCAGGAAGGUUUAAAUCAGAAUAAGUUGGCAUCUGCACUGCUCAUAAAUCAAUUUUUAGAUAUGGCUGACAAACGGCUUUUUAACAAUGAUGCUUGUACAGACUAUAGCAUCUUCACUAGUUCUUCUGGUGGCAUUAACAGCAUCGGUACUAGCAGCAAUACUUUGUCCCAUUGGAAAAUCAAAACUGAAGAGUGUAUUACUGCCAUAAUACAUGUUGGUUUGUCGUGUGCUGCUCAUUCAACCACAGAUCGUUCAACCAUGAGAGAAGCAUUGACAAAGUUGCAUGAUAUUAAAGCUUUUCUACUGGAUUUAUGAGCUAUAUUAUUUCAUGAUACUGCAGAAUUUUUAUGUUCAACAUUAUGUCCUAUUAAUUAAAGCUGCAAGUCCCUAAUCUGUAGACUGAAAAUAUGGAUAUUUCUAUUGAUGAUGUUUCUUGGUACACUUUAUCUGAAUUGUUUGGAAAUGUGUUAACAGCAAAACAAAAGCAUCUUGGUCUAUCUACAAAUGUAAAAUUCUUAAAUCAAAAUGAUGGAUC